UUUUGCAAGAAGAAACAUGCGUUCAUUUAGAAAACUCUCAAAACGUUUUUGAAAAUGAAUUUGUUGCCAAAAUCAGCGAAAGAUUUCGGUUCAAAACGGUACUGGGAUAAAUUUUUUGAGAAACGCAAAGAUGCUUUUGAGUGGUACGGUGAAUAUGCCGACAUUUGUGGUGUAUUACAUAAAUAUUGUAAACCUCAUGAUCAUAUUCUUGUAACAGGUUGUGGUAACUCGCGGUUGAGUGAAGAUAUGUACGAUGUUGGUUAUCAUUUAUUGAAAAACAUUGAUAUCUCAGAUGUUGUUAUCAGACAAAUGACCUCAAGAAACGAAACGAAACGCCCUCAAAUGAAAUUUAUCAAGAUGGAUUUGCUUGAUCUGCAGUUUGACGAUGAAUUCUUCCAUGUUGUACUUGAUAAAGGAACAUUAGAUGCUAUUUUUACAAGCAAUGAUGAGAUGGUUAUUGAAAAAGUCGAUAAAAUGCUUAAUGAAGUUUCUCGAGUUCUAAAAAUUGGAGGAAGAUAUGUUUGUCUAUCGUUGGCACAAGAUUAUAUCCUUAAAAAAUUGCUUGAUUAUUUUCAAUAUAUUAACUGGUUUAUUCGAGUUCAUACCAUAAAUACACCAUCAAAUGCUUCGUCAUUGCCAGUUUUUGUUUUUGUAUUUACUAAAACAAGACCUGCUCAUCAAGUGUCAUUAAUGCCGAAAAUAAUGGAAAUUGUUUAUGAUUCAUCAGAAAAAGUCAAACGUUUGAAUAACCCAGAUGAAUUAUCUGAUGUUAUAAAGUCUCUGCGAGAGUUUGCCUUUAGUAAAAAGAUUUUGGAGACAUUGAAUCCGGAAGAAGAAUUUCACAUCGAUUUAUGGUCAAAUGAGAGCUCACUUGACCCAAGAUUCUCCUUAACUAUUAUUGAUUCAAAAAUUUAUAAAGCUGGAAAAUUUGCGAUAUUUAUUGUCCCUCAAGGAAGGGAGCAUGAAUGGUUGUUUUGUGUUAAAGAAGGACAGAGGCAACUUGCUGAGUCAGCAGGUUUUCAACGUCUUAUCAUAGUUGCGUUGAAUCGAGGUCAUACGUAUGAAAGUAUUGAUAAGAUUAAAGAAGAAUUAUCUAGCAAAGUGAUGGAGCUUGCUCAAAAUGGUGUUGAUUCUGCAUUUAAGGUUCCCUUUCUUUCUAUUGGUGAUGAUAUCGGUUCCCGCACUUUAGUACAUUCGGGUACUUCAUCAUACACUGGUAAUUAUGUCGUUGAAGACACCACAAUGGAGAAUGGUGAAGUAUUUCGUUAUUUGAUUUUCUUGAAGAAUAAAAAUAUCGUGCAAUCUGAAGCAAGGUUAUGUGAGAAAAAAGUUAUGAAAUCAAAUAAGAAGAAAGGUAAAAGUAAAAUAUCACUAAGUGUCGAUUUUUCUUUUUUAUCGUGUCAACAUCACGAGGCCAUUGUUGCUGCAUUAUCUCUGUCUCCUAAAGUUUUAAAUAAUGAUGUGAGUGUGUUGCUUAUUGGUCUUGGUGGAGGAAGCCUUCCUAUGUUUAUUUUCUCUCAUUUUCCCCGCAUUUACUCAACGGUCGUUGAACUUGAUCCGGAUAUUGUAAUGAUUGCUAAAAAAUGGUUUGGAUUUAGCGAAAACGAGAGAAUGAAUUUGAUUGUCAAGGACGGUCUUGACUUUUUGAACGAAAGCUCAAAAACUUAUGACAUUAUUGUGUUUGAUAUUGAUUCCAAAGAUGCUUCAAACGCUUUAAGUUGUCCACCAGAUGCUUUCAUUGAUAAAGCAAUACUUGCUAAGGUAAAAGAAAUGUUGUGUCGUGAUGGCUUAUUUCUCUUGAAUCUAGUGUGCAGAGAGAAAGAAAAAAAAUCUGUGGUCGUUAAUAAUAUAUGCGAAAUAUUUUCAGUGGUUUAUAAAAUGCAUAUUGUAAAUGUGGUAAAUGAAAUUCUCGUUAGUGGUGACUUGGAUUCGACAUUAAAACUGUCUGAGGUUAAGAAAAACGCUGGAAAAUUAAAAGAUCAAAUUAUAGCUGUUAACAGGUCUUCAAAAGUUGACCUGGAAUCACAUUUGAACAAUCUAAAAAUUGCUCAAUAAUGUCGUGAUUUUACCUAUGGAAAUGUAGAUAAAAUACUCUUUUUCUUCCCUAAUCAUGGUGUAUUGUGCAAUGCUUGGCGCAUGAAAAAAAAUAGAAACGUGAAACUGAAUUUUUUCAGGCUAUAUCAAUAUGUGAAACGUAGACAUUGGGGAAUAUAGUUAUCUUUAAAAGUGUAAAAUCUUUGGAAUAGAGUGCUAAGUGUUAUAGAAUAAAGGUUUUUGUGGAACACA